AUGGCCUUAUCCAGUUGUUAUGUUGUUGUGUACUACAAAGGGGAUUGUAUUCCGUUGAAAGUUUCUUUAGAUACUAUGAUUCGUGACUUUAAAAUCUUUGUUUGUGAUUAUUGGAGAAACUUGACUCCUCGGAGCAUAAGAUUUAUUAGUGGCAAAGGUUAUGAUAAAACUCUCAUCAAUUGUGAUUAUUCUCUUCAUGGUCUAAUUGUUGUUGCUUGUUCAAGGGAAUUGUCAAGUUCUGAUCUGUUUGUGGAGGAGGCUUGUCAUGGUGUUGCUUCUAGAUCUCCAUAUGUUAUUUCCACGCAGUCGCUCAGUGACGACGAAUCAUGUACUGGGUUCACUGAGACUUCAAAGAUUAAUUACCUGACGGAAGGUCAUGAGCAAUUGAAACCUCUUUUAUCUGAAGGUUGGGAGGAUAUUUCUAAAGGUGUUAGUCAAGUUUUUAUGGUGGUGUUGAUGAGCAAGUGUGGUAGGAAUGCAGAAUGUCUUUCGUAUCUGGACUGUAUUCCAAUCGAUACCGCUAAAAGUGUCUUUUCUAUCAAGGAAUUCAAUGGGGAGCAUAAAUGUGGUGGUGCUUAUAAUUUGAAGAACCCACAUGUGAAGAGUUGUUACGGUAUUGACGUAAAAUACCAUCAUGCUUAUAAAGAGAAGGAAACAUCUAAGGCAGAGAUAUAUGGCGAUGAUGUAAAAAGUUAUACAGAUCUUAUUUGGUUUGUUGAAGCAAUAAAGGCUACCAAUCCUGGCAGCUAUAUUAAGUUUGAGUAUGAUAAAGAGACUAAACGUUUUGAGAGGCUUUUUAUAUGUUUUGCUGCCUGUAUGGAAGGAUACCGGUUCAUUCGCCCUAUGCUUUACUGUGAUGCAACAUUUCUCAAUGGGAGAUUCAAGGGAACAUUGAUGGAUGCCACUGGUGUGAAUGGAAACCAAGGAUUUUUUCCUUUUGCGUAUGCUUUAGUUCUUGAAGAAGACAUUGAAGGGUGGGAGUGGUUUAUGGAGAACUUGCAGCACUGUGUCGACUCUCGUCCUAUCACCUUUAUCACUGAUCGUCAUGAAGGGAUUAAGCAAAGUAUUCCCAAAUAUUUUCCCAACCCUUAUCAUAGUUUAUGUUUCUAUCAUUUGAAUAAUAACCUCCCUAUCAAGAAAUCACAUGAGAAGUAUAAACAAGUUCAAGAUUUGUUCCAUAAAGCCGCAUACUGCUAUAGUGUUGCUAAAUAUGAGUCUGCUUUAAAUGAGAUGUGUAUCAUACGAUGUGGUUGGGUUGCCAAGUACAUUAGAAAUAUCGAUCCCAAGCACUGGGAAAAUGCUUUCUUCGUAGGAUGUAGGUAUGGGACACACUCAUCAAGUAUUGUAGAGUCUUUCAAUAAUUGGAUUCUUCCUGAAAGGGAUCUGCCUCCAGAUGCUCUUGUUGAUGAGAUCAGGAUAAAGAUUAUGAGGAUGAGUGCAGAAAGGCGUGAGCUCGAUAGAAAUUAUAGUGAUAGUUUGACUCCCAUCUAUAAAGCUUUACUCAAGUCACAUGUCGAUAUAGGGCGUCCAUGGAGUGUUACAGAGUCAGGUAAUGGUAUAGAUGAGGUUCACUCUCCCAGCUCUCAUGUUGUUGAUGUGAUGCAUAUGACGUGCACUUUCCAGAGAUGGAAAGUGUUUGGUUUCCCCCGUGCUCACGCCACUGCUGCUAUUACUAUGAGUGGUGUUGAUAUGUUGAUGUUGGUUCAGCCUUACUUUGGUUCAAACCACUUUCGCAACUCUUAUGCUCCUGCAAUUCGACCCAUUCCCAACUAUGACAGGCCAGAAGCGUAUGAACCUGAAGAGAGAGUCCUUCCUGGUAUUCCAAGGACACCUCAGGGAAGACCACCAAAGAAGCGUAUUCGCAGUUCCUAUGAGAAGGAGAGGAGGCCUAUGAAGUGCUCAAAUUGCAAGAAGAUUGGGAACCACAACAAAGCUACUUGUCGUGUAUUAAUGCUGCAGUAG